GGGCUGAAUUAACCAUUAAGAAAAAUAAGCACGUGCUUUAGGGCAUAAAGGGAAGGGAUACCGCAAAAAUUUUACAUUACCAAUUAUACUUUUUAAAACUCUAUUCAUAAAAUUUCAAGGUCAAAUGCUCUACAAAACCAUAAUUCCAAAGCUCCAUGAUGCUAUAAUUUUAAAAUCUAAAAGUUCUAUUGAGAAAAAUAAAGUUCUAUUUUAUACAUAUGGAGACACCAAAACCUCUUAAGUGUUAGAACCUCCAAAUAUUUUAAUCCGUUCUUAUUGAAACGGAAAAAAAUAUUAGGCCUGGAGCAGUUCCCGCCUAAAAGGUGUACAAGUGUUUUCAUUUAAUCAUGGCUAUUCGUUUGCAUGUAAAACAUGAUUUAUCCGAAGUAAAAGAGAAUGUGUUACACUUGAUGCCGUGUAAAAUUCAUGGAAAUGAAUCUGCGAAGGUUUCUUCUUACUUUACACCUUAUAUUCGUAACAUAGACGAUGAGCAUUAUAAUUCGUCGUUUCGUGGAUAUCCACUUCAGGGGAAAAAAAUAAUGAUACCUUCUGGAUACAAAGGUCUUACGUUUCUUGAACACAAAAAACCAGAAAUAGGAAACGUGGAACGUAAUUUAUAUUCUACAGGAACUUUUUCAUAUUUCACCUAUUGGAAUUAUGAUAAGCUACCAUCAAAGGAUGAUGCUUUAGCAUCAGCAAUGGAUUGGAUUGAUAUUGCUGAAGCACUACAUUCAACAAAAUCAUAAUUACAAAGAAAAAUGUUAA